AUGCAGAAUGAGACGUUAGAAAAGAAGUUCACCUCAGAGCUUGCGGCAAUUCAUCUCAAGCUUACUGAGCUACUGGACAUCAAAUCAAAGGUUGACGAUUUGUCCCAAAUUAAAACAACUGUUGAUAGCAUUGAGGAAUCUAUGAAAGUUAUGUCCAGUAAAUACGAUGAAGUUCUUACUCAGAUGACACGGCAGUCCGCAGACAUCUCAGACCUCAGAAAGCGGGUUGUGAAGCUUGAGGCCCUCGCUAAAGAAACAGACGUGGAAAAACUUCAGCAUGAGUUGAACGAGCUAGAUCAAUACAGCAGGCGCCUAAAUCUUGAAGUGAACGGUUUGGCCUAUCACGAAAAUGAGAACCUUCUGGUAAAGCUCAACCAACUGGCAACGGAACUUGGGCUUCCACAGCUUUCCGAGUCUGACAUUGAAGCCGCCCACAGACUAGCUCCUAGAAACGAGAGGAAGGGAGACAAGCCCAAUACUGUGAUGGUGUCGUUGCGCACCUACACAGGAGAAAAGCUAAAGGUACUUGGAACAGCAAACGUAUUAGUCGAACAGGAAGGAAGCGAGAUCUCUUUGCCCAUAGUGGUAGUGCAGGGGAACGGAACGCCAAUGCCCGCUCUCAUGGGAAGGGACUGGCUGGAAAAACUGCAGAUAAACUGGAAAGCAGUAUACAGUCUGUCCACGGAUAAGACACCGGAGCAGAGGGUAGAAGCUUUACGGAAGAAGUAUCCCGAGGUUUUCAAGAGCACCCCGGGUGUCGUCAAAAACUUCGAAGCUCGCAUCUUUGUUAAGGAAGGGGCUCAACCAGUAUUCUCAAAAGCACGGCCAAUACCGUUUGCUAUCAAAGACGAAGUAGCAAAGGAGUUGGAAAAGCUCGAGCAAGCCGGAAUACUAAAGAGGGUCACGAAAAGUGACUGGGCAACGCCUCUGGUGGUGGUCGCGAAGAAAGGCGGCACAGGAUUAAGGUUAUGCGGUGACUACAAGGUCACGGUUAAUCCUGUUCUAAAAACAGACCAUUACCCAUUGCCAUUGCCGGAAGAUUUGUACUCCAUGCUCGCGGGAGGCAAAAUCUUUUGCGUCUUGGAUCUAUCGCAAGCCUAUCAACAAGUGCCGCUCGCUGAGGAAAGCAAAGCGCUGCUAACGGUGAACACUCAUCUCGGAUUAUUUCAGUAUCAGCGCCUUCCAUUUGGUAUCUCUAGCGCACCCGCUAUCUUUCAGUCUUUAAUGGACGAAGUCUUAAAAGGGAUUCCAAAAGUGGGUUGCUAUAUCGACGAGGUCAUCGUCGUAGGCGACAACAUAGACGACUGCCAAGAAACGGUGGAAAAGGUGCUUCAACGACUGUCACAGCAUCAUAUUACCCUAAAACAACAGAAGUGUGAAUUUUUCAAACCAUCCGUUGUUUAUCUGGGACACAAAGUGACAUCAGAUGGCAUUUUUCCAACCGCAACAAAGAUAAAGGCAAUCACGGAAGCACCUCAGCCAAGCAACGUAACUGAACUGCGAGCCUUCUUGGGCCUGCUGAAUUUCUAUGCAAAAUUCAUCAAAGAUUUAGCUACAGUAGCUGCACCAAUGUAUGACUUGCUCAAAAAGGACACGACUUGGGUGUGGACGGACGCAUGCUCAAGAUCAUUCGCGGAAGCCAAGCAGCGUCUCAUCGACAGUCAAGUAUUGACUUUUUACGACGUGAAAAAGCCAAUCGGUUUAAGCUGCGACGCGUCGGCCUACGGUCUUGGGGCCGUAAUUUUUCACGUCAUGCCCGAUGGCUCAGAAAGACCCAUCGCAUUUGCCUCCAGAACAUUAAGUGCAGCGGAGCGCAACUACGCUCAAGGCGAGAAGGAAGCCCUGGCCCUAAUUUUUGGUCUAAGCAGGUUUCAUAGAUACUUAUACGGGCGCAAAUUCACGCUAUAUACAGACCACCAACCGCUGUUGGGGAUCUUGGCAUCGGAUAAACCAAUUCCUUCUUUGGCCGCAGCCAGGAUUCAGCGUUGGGCUAUCACCUUAGCAGCUUAUCAGUACACACUGCGCUACAGAAACGGCAAAAACAUGGAAGUUGCCGACGCACUUUCAAGGCUUCCACUUUUGGUCAAGCAUAAAGACGACACUGAAGAAUGUCUUGCAGUGUUUGAGGCAACGCCUCUCACAGCGAGCCAAGUUGCUGCUGCGACUAAAAGGGACCGCUUUCUUUCCAAAGUCGUGCAGUUCACCUUAUCUGGCUGGCCCGCGCACUACGAUGAUAAAUUUCAGCCCUUUUACGUUCGUCGAAACGAACUAUCUUACGAGCAAGGCUGUGUCACGUGGGGUCAGCGAGUGAUCAUUCCGGACGAACUUAAAGAAGCAGUAUUAACAUUGCUGCAUGAAGAGCACCCUGGAAUGCAAAGAAUGAAAAUGCUUGCUAGGUCAUUUGUUUGGUGGCCAUCGAUUGACAAGAACAUUGAAGACACUGUCCGUCGAUGUACAGUGUGCCAAACGACCAUGCCUGCGAAGGCACCAGGGCCAUUGCAUCCAUGGACUUAUCCAACCCGUGUUUGGCAGAGAGUCCAUGUUGAUUUCGCCAUGAAGGAUGGUUACAACUUGUUCCUUCUAGUAGACUCUUACUCAAAGUGGAUAGAAGCAAAAUGCCUCCGCACUACAACGACGUCGAAAACAAUCGACUGUCUCAAGGAGAUAUUUGCAGCGUAUGGCUACCCGGAGGAACUGAUCAGCGACAACGGACCUCAGUUUACCGCGCAGGAGUUCGCCGAUUUCACCUCUUCUCACGGGAUUCGACACACACGUACGCCACCGUACCAUGCUUCAUCGAACGGGGCAGCAGAAAGGCUAGUCCAAACGACAAAAGCCACUCUACUCAAGCAAGUGCUUCAUGAUAACCUAACAGGUCAAAACAGAACUCUGCAUCAACGGCUUAACGACUUCUUGCUUGCUUACAGGAACACCCCGAAUUCCGUAACAGGAAGAACGCCGGCUGAGCUGUUCCUGAAACGACAACCGCGAGUGAAGCUUUCACUCCUAAAGCCAAGUUUUGUGCAGGAUAUGCGCAGCCGUCAAGACAGAGACACCACCCAUCGCAACGAGGGCCGAGGAAGGGACCCGCAGAUGGAAGCCGGUGACACAGUUCUCGUCAAGACUACGAGAGGGGAAACCCUGUCAUGGGAGGAAGCUGUCGUGGUACAACGCGUUAGCGACUCUACUUUUGUAGUCAAAGUCGGUGACCAUUUUCGUUUUGUACAUAUCGACCACUUGAGACCCAGCUGGAUUACGGGAUCAAAAACUUCAUUCCAUCCGGACGACGCAAAAGAAGCGCAUCCUGAGUCCACUCCAAGUACCCGUAUUCAACGAGAUUUUCUACCAACACCCUCCGAAGAAAAUACGCCUGCUGACUCCUUGAUUGGUGGUCCUACUGCGGACCAGCUUGAGGAUGUUCGCUUAGAUGACUCCACUUCAACUAAGGAACCGGCAUCGCAGUCUGAGGCAAGACACUCAGCAGCGCAGCCUGCAAGUAUCACCCCAUCAACCAUGGCAUCACCUGAAGAGGUCCAUCUGCGAAGAA